AUGAAUCGCACUGAAGGGUUGGUGCAACGUAAGAAAAAAGAAAAUAAUUCUGAUGGAAGCAGGGAAAAUGACGAUGUGGACGAUAAGAAAAACGAUAAAAAUUAUGAUGACGGCGAUUCAAAGGAAACCCGAUUAACACUCAUGGAAGAAGUAUUGCUGCUAGGACUCAAGGAUAAAGAAGGUUACACAUCAUUUUGGAAUGACUGCAUUUCUAGUGGUCUCAGAGGCUGCAUUUUGAUUGAACUGGGUUUAAGAGGUCGUGUUGAAUUAGAAAGAGCUGGUAUGAGAAGAAAAGGAUUAUUAUCUAGAAAGGUUAUUGUGAAAUCAGAUAACCCUACUGGUGAUGUUUUACUAGAUGAAGCCUUGAAACACAUGAAGGAUACUGAGCCACCAGAGACUGUACAAAGUUGGAUAGAAUAUCUCAGUGGUGAAACAUGGAAUCCAAUGAAAUUAAAAUAUCAACUGAAAAAUGUGCGUGAGAGACUGGCUAAAAAUCUUGUAGAAAAAGGUGUACUUACAACUGAAAAACAAAACUUCUUAUUAUUUGAUAUGACAACUCAUCCACUGACAGAUAAUGUUGUAAAAUGCCGCUUAGUUAAAAAGGUUCAAGAAGCUGCACUUCGUCGUUCUAUAGUUGACGUGGCACACGCUGACAAGCGAUCACUGGCUCUGCUUAUGCUCGCUCACUCUGCCGAUGUGCUAGAAAAUGCUUUCGCACCGCUCUCCGACGAAGACUACGAGUUGGCCACUAGGCGUGUCAGCAUCAGAUCACCGUCUGAGCCACUCGCGACGGAUACACAGCUGCGGAGCCUGAGUAACCCAGGGCUCCGUACUUUGCCCGGUCCUAUAGAACAUAUUUAC